UCCAGUCUUGUUCCACUGAUUUACUUUUUGGUAAUUUUUAUUAUUUUAUAAACUGUUUGACGUAGAGGAUAGAAAAUGUUAAUUUUUCAAAUCUUUUUUUUGUUUAAUGUAAAACAUUAUUGGUAGUAUAUAUAAAUGGAAUUUUAACUAAAUGUGGUGGUUCGGAAUAAAAGUGAAAGUUUAUUCGUAUUUUGCUGCUGUUGCUAUUUGGAUUUUAUUCAAUUCAAUGGAUCUUUUGCACUUCGGUGUUUACUUUUCGAACAGAAUAAUCAUCAAGUAAGAUAAAAAUGGCUCACCAAACAGGCAACGGAGAAUUAAGACAGAGGAUAAAUGCUAACCAUGCGCAAUACAAAGAAGAGCCAUUUCAAAAUGACAUGGUGGAGAAAGAUCCCCCCAAGCAUCGACAAAAUUCCAUAGUUAUAGGAUUAAUUUUUCUGUCAUUACUUUUGGAUCUUUUAGCAUUCACAAUGAUUCUACCUCUUCUGCCGUCCCUUCUAGAUUAUUACAACCGGGAGGAAGGAAAAGGGAACAAUUUAUAUGCAUCAUUACUAGGAGCAGUUCAGAGAUUUCAAAAAUUCACAGGAGCCCCAGACAGUUUUGCAUCUGUUCUUUUUGGAGGUGCACUGGGAUCUAUGUACAGUUUUUUGCAAUUUUUAACAAGCCCUAUUGUUGGUAGCCUUUCUGAUGCAUAUGGAAGAAAGCCUAUGUUAUUAAUUUGCCUGAUUGGCAUAGCAGUGUCUCAUGCUCUAUGGGGGUACGCGCGAACAUUCAGCGUCUUCGUUCUGGCGCGGUUCAUCGGUGGCCUGAGUAAGGCUAAUGUUAGUCUCAGCAUGGCGGUUGUCACUGACGCCUCCAACGAGAAAACUAGAGCCAGGGGAAUGGCUUUAAUAGGAUUAGCAUUUUCGGUGGGUUUCAUAGUGGGCCCAUUGGCUGGCGCGUGGUUUGCGGCGACCAAUCGCGAGGCGGGCUCGUGGGGUGAACGACCGGCGUUCUAUGCGCUCUGUCUCUCUCUUGUCAAUAUCUUCCUCGUCGCAUUUUGUGUGCCGGAGACGCUGUCUAAGGAUAAAAGAGCGCCAUUGUCAUUUACCCUAUCCAAAACGUUGGACUUCGUAUCCCCAUGGCACUUACUAAAAUUCAACGCUGUGAAGGAUUUGUCGCUGCAUCAGAACAAAGUGCUUACGAAAUUGGGACUAAUCUACUUCUUGUACCUCUUUAUAUACUCGGGUCUGGAGUUCACCCUCACAUUCCUAACUCAUCACACCUUCAACUAUACUACAAUGCAACAAGGGAAAAUGUUUUUAGUUAUGGGUGUGAUAAUGGCCGUGUUACAAGGAGGCGCGGCCCGCCGCUUGAGCCCUAAGGGCGCGCAGAGAGCCGCUAAGGGAGCCCUAGCGCUUACUCCUACAUCUUUUCUUUGUGUAGCGCUCGCCGCUGUCAAAAACUCUCCGAUACUACAGCCUAUAACUUGGCUGUGGUUAGGCCUAGUAUUAUUUGCAUUGUCGACAGCGUUCGCGGUGUCGUGCAUGACGUCAAUGGCGGGCGGACACGCGCCCGCGCGCGCGCGCGGCGGCGUGCUCGGCGUGCUGCGCGCGCUGGGCGCGCUCGCCCGCGCCCUCGGCCCGCUGCUCGCUGCUUCAGUUUACUGGUGUACAGGAGCGGCGGUCACAUAUACAUUCGGAUCCGCCAUUCUAAUAAUUCCAGCUGUGAUGAUAUAUAGAUUGAAGAUAUGAAACAAGCAGCCUUUACACUGCCCUAACUUUAAUUCCUUUUUUACACGAACUCAGUAGCCAAGUAAAUUUUAUCACAAUAUUUUUAAACAUUAUUCAUUUAAUAAACAGUUUUAGCCAUUUUCAGUUAAAAUGUGUUGGCUAAUUUUAUCAAUGUAAAAUAUUGGAAAGAGAAAUAACAUGUUAUAUAACUAAAAUAGGUUUAAAAAUAACUUCAACUGACACUUGUUAACUGAGUUCAUAUAUAAUGUUAUCACAAGCAAUAAGUACAUUUUAUAAUAUUAAUGAAUAAGUUCUUUAUAAUUCCAUUUUAUUAUUAUUUAUUACUAUUUAUAUGAACAAAAAACUUAUUUAAUGUUAUUUAGUAUACCUAUACACUCGUUCGAACAUUUUGUAUCUCGAAUAAUAACAGUAUUAAAGUUGUAUCAGUAUA